GGUGUGAUAGCCCCCCCCCAAAAAAAAGACACCAUCUCAAAUCAGUCGGAGAACUUUCCCUAGGAAAUCAUGGGGCUCGCCAGGUGUAAGAUUGCAGUGGUUGUCUUGACGACUGUGUUAAAUUCAUUACUGCCAGCUCGAGCAGAUGAACAUGAACACAAGUACACAGAUAAAGAGGAGGUGGUUCUAUGGAUGAAUACAGUGGGCCCUUAUCACAACAGACAGGAGACCUAUAAAUUCUUCUCUCUACCAUUCUGCGUGGGCACCAAGAAAACUAUUAGUCAUUAUCAUGAGACAUUAGGAGAGGCUCUGCAGGGAGUUGAAUUGGAGUUCAGCGGUCUGGACAUCAAGUUCAAAGACGAGGUGAUGCAAUCAACAUACUGUGAAAUUGAGCUGGACAAAGCUAAACGAGAUGCCUUUGUCUAUGCCAUCAAAAACCACUACUGGUACCAAAUGUACAUAGAUGACCUUCCCAUCUGGGGAAUUGUUGGAGAAGCUGACGAGAAUGGGGACGACUUUUAUCUCUGGACUUACAAAAAGCUGGAGAUUGGAUAUAAUGGGAAUAGAAUUGUGGAUGUUAACCUUACCAGCGAGGGGAAAGUCAAGCUUGUGCCAAACACAAGAAUUGCCAUGUCUUACUCAGUGAAAUGGAAGAAAUCUGAUGUAAAAUUUGAGGAUAGAUUUGACAAAUACCUUGAUCCAUCCUUCUUUCAACACAGAAUUCACUGGUUCUCAAUUUUCAACUCCUUUAUGAUGGUGAUUUUCCUCGUGGGCCUUGUUUCAAUGAUUUUAAUGAGGACAUUAAGGAAGGACUAUGCCAGAUACAGCAAAGAAGAGGAAAUGGAUGACAUGGAUCGUGAUCUUGGGGACGAAUAUGGAUGGAAGCAGGUACAUGGUGAUGUGUUCAGGCCGUCCAGCCACCCGCUGAUCUUCUCCUCCCUCAUUGGCUCUGGAUGUCAGAUCUUCUCUGUUUCCCUUAUAGUCAUUAUUCUGGCCAUGAUUGAGGACUUGUAUACAGAGAGAGGGUCCAUGCUUAGUACAGCCAUAUUUGUGUAUGCUGCCACCUCCCCAGUCAAUGGCUACUUUGGUGGGAGUCUGUAUGCAAAACAAGGAGGAAGAAGAUGGAUAAAGCAAAUGUUUAUAGGAGCUUUUCUGAUUCCUGCCAUGGUGUGUGGCACAGCGUUCUUCAUCAAUUUCAUCGCCAUCUACUACCACGCCUCCAGAGCCAUCCCAUUCGGCACCAUGGUUGCAGUCUGCUGCAUCUGUUUUUUUGUAAUUCUACCUCUAAACCUGGUGGGGACAAUCCUGGGCAGGAACCUUUCUGGCCAGCCUAACUUCCCAUGCAGAGUCAAUGCUGUACCCAGACCCAUCCCAGAGAAGAAAUGGUUUAUGGAACCAGCUAUUAUUGUUUGUCUGGGUGGAAUCCUUCCUUUUGGGUCAAUAUUCAUCGAGAUGUACUUCAUUUUCACAUCUUUCUGGGCCUACAAGAUUUACUAUGUGUAUGGAUUUAUGAUGCUGGUGCUGGUGAUCUUGUGCAUUGUGACGGUCUGUGUUACCAUAGUCUGCACCUACUUUCUUCUCAAUGCAGAAGACUAUAGAUGGCAGUGGACAAGCUUUCUCUCUGCAGCCUCAACAGCAGUUUACGUUUACAUGUACUCCUUCUACUACUAUUUCUUCAAGACAAAGAUGUAUGGCUUAUUUCAGACGUCAUUUUACUUUGGCUACAUGGCUGUGUUCAGUACUGCUCUGGGAAUCAUGUGUGGAGCGGUGGGUUACGUGGGAACAAGUGCCUUUGUGAGGAAGAUCUACACAAAUGUGAAAAUCGAUUAGAAACUCUGCAACGAGACGGCAGAUCAGCUGACUCUUCCUCCCGUUUAAAGCGGGCACAAAGUCUCCAUUUAUUUUGCAAGAAGAGAUUGUGUUAUCUUGUACAAAAUCUAGUUUUCCAUUUUCUCAAUUAAUUAAAAGGUGCGACAUGAUGCUUACAAAAGGUUAGACAGAAAGGUGAAAUAAAUUACUUUUAUUUUUAUUUUAUCUGCUUUUUGUUUUUCCCUCUGGAGGAAAUGUAGAUCGUAAAUGCAGAUAAAAGGGGAAAGUACACCACAAUGUUGCUCCUGUUUCUUAUAAAUCUAUCCCACCCCAAAA